UCAUGCAAUAUUAGGACCCAGCCAAGUUGACAAGAUAUUUUUGGGGGACACAAUUCAAUCUAUGACAUUGGACCAGAUAAUAUUUUCCCUGUCUCAUCAUCUAAGUCAUCUUAUUUCUACCUAUUUUUCAGAUGACGUUUGCAGCAGUCACAGAAAUUGUGUGGGAUCUGGGCCAUAACAUUGCUGAAUAACACAAGAUGAUCCAGAUAGUCAUUAUGAGCCCUCUUAGUAAUUUAUACUCAUAGGAGCUCUCUCAGGUCAUUGAGGUAGCGUUUUGCGGAUAAUUGCUAACAGUAUGAAUACUACCUGGUGUAGUUUGGAAGCAUUAAUAUUCCCAGUAUAUUCAUUGUAUCCUCAAGGAGUAAUUUCCAAGAUGGAAGAGAUUGGUUCAAUAGAAUUCACCUGUAAGGGAUGUGGAGGGCUCACUUUCUGUAGGCUCACACACAGCUGCACUUCCAGUAAUGUAGCUGCUAGCCACUUGUGGCUCACGACCACUUGAAAUAUGGCUAGUGUGGCAGAGAAACUGAAUUUUUAAUUUUAAACAGUUUUGACUUUAAAAACUGAAGCAGAGUAAAAUAUUUUUCUGUUAAAUACAAUUUUAUUGUUUUGACAGGACCACAUUUCAUGUUAUCGAAUCAUAUAUGCUGUUGUAGUGUGUGUUGGAUGUGUAUGUCAUUUCUCAUAGCUCAUUAAUUUAUGUUGGUUACAUGUUAAAAUAGUCUUUUGGAUAUAUUGCGUUAAAUAUAUUGUUAAAAUUAAUUUCACCUUUUUUUUAAUGAGUACUAAAUUAUUUAAAAGUACGUACAUGGCUCAGGUUAUAUUUCUAGUAGAGAGUGCUGCUUUAGAGAGCAUAUAUAUCUUCAGUUAGCUGAAAUUAGUCAGUUUUUUAAAAUUGACAUUAGUUUACACUUACAUUUUGGACUUCAUAGAAUUAGAGGCAGGGACUUUCAGGGUCACCUAACCCAACCGCAACCUUUUGCAGGGGAAGAAACUGAGGUAGAAGUCACUGUAAAACGAUGUGACCUAUAAUCUCAGUGUUCUGUAUAGUUUGUCACUUUGGAGCACUGGGAAUGUAGUGGGCAGCAGGGAUGAAAAGGAUUUAAACUUCUUCCACCAGAUCCAGACUGAAGAAAAUGCCUUUAAAAAGAAAUGAUCUUAGGUGAUGAGGAAAAUUUUUUGUGCUGUGACUACCAGUCAGUGGACCAUGUGAUCAGAUGUGCUGCCAGCUCUGCAUGUUAGACCGGAAGGCACAAACCAAGGACAUGGAUUUGAUUGACAUACUUUGGAGGCAAGAUAUAGAUCUUGGGGUAAGUCGUGAAGUAUUUGACUUCAGUCAGCGGCGCAAGGAGUAUGAGCUGGAAAAACAGAAAAAACUUGAAAAGGAAAGACAAGAACAACUCCAAAAGGAGCAAGAGGAAGCCUUUUUUGCUCAGCUACAACUAGAUGAAGAGACAGGUGAAUUCCUCCCAAUUCAGCCAGCCCAACACAUCCAGUCAGAAACCAGUGAAUCUGCCAGCUACUCCCAGGUUGCUCACAUUCCCAAACCAGAUGCUUUGUACUUCGAUGAUUGCAUGCAACUUUUGGCAGAGACAUUCCCGUUUGUAGAUGACAAUGAGGUUUCUUUGGCUACGUUUCAAUCACUUGUUCCCGAUAUUCCGAGCAACGUUGAGAGCCCAGUCUUCACUGCUCCUAGUCAAACUCAGUCACCUGAAACUCCUGACCUUCAGGCAACUAUUGCCCAUAUAGACGAUAUGCUGCAGGACGUUGAUCAAGUUUGGGAGGAGCUAUUAUCCAUUCCAGAAUUACAGUGUCUUAAUAUUCAAAAUGACAAGCUAGUUGAGACUAGCACUGUUGCAAGUCCAGAAACUAAACCUACAGAAAUUGGCAACAAUUAUCAUUUCUACUCGUCAAUCCCCUCACUGGAAAAAGAAGUGGGUGACUGCAGUCCACAUUUUAUCAAUGCAUUUGAGGAUUUCUUUGGCACCAUCCAACCCACAGACAACACCAACCAGUUGACAGUGAACUCAUUAAAUUCAGAUGCCACGAUAAACCCUGAUUUUGGUGAUGAAUUUUAUUCUGCUUUCAUAGCAGAGCCCAGUAUCAGCAACAGCAUGCCCUCCUCGGCUACUUUAAGCCAGUCACUUUCCGAACUUCUAAGUGGGCCCAUUGAUGUUUCUGAUCUAUCACUUUGUAAAGCUUUCAACCAAAACCACCCUGAAAGCACAGCAGAAUUCAAUGAUUCUGACUCUGGCAUUUCAUUGAACACAAGUCCCAGCAUGGCAUCACCAGAACACUCAGUGGAAUCUUCCAUCUAUGAAGAUACACCGCUUGGCUUCAGUGAUUCUGAAAUGGAAGAGAAAGAUAGUGCCCCUGAAAGUGUCAAACAGAAUGGUCCUGAAACACAGCCAUUACAGUCUUCUGGAGAUACAGUCCAACCCCUGUCACCAUCUCCAGGGCACAGUGCUUCAGUGCAUGACGCCCAGUGUGAAAACACCCCAAAGAAAGAAUUGCCUGUAAGUCCUGGUCAUCGGAAAACCUCAUUCACAAAAGACAAACAUUCAAACCGCUUGGAGGCUCAUCUCACAAGAGAUGAGCUAAGAGCAAAAGCUCUCCAUAUUCCAUUCCCUGUGGAAAAAAUCAUUAACCUCCCUGUUGAUGACUUCAGUGAAAUGAUGUCCAAGGAGCAAUUCAAUGAAGCUCAACUUGCAUUAAUUCGAGAUAUACGUAGGAGGGGUAAGAAUAAAGUGGCUGCUCAGAAUUGCAGAAAAAGAAAACUGGAAAACAUAGUAGAACUAGAGCAAGAUUUGGAUCAUUUAAAAGAUGAAAAAGAAAAAUUGCUCAAAGAAAAGGGAGAAAAUGACAAAAGCCUCCACCUACUGAAAAAACAACUCAGCACAUUGUAUCUUGAGGUCUUCAGCAUGCUACGUGAUGAAAAUGGGAAACCUUAUUCUCCUAGUGAAUACUCCCUGCAACAAACUAGAGAUGGCAACGUAUUCCUUGUUCCCAAAAGCAAGAAGCCAGAUGUUAAGAAAAACUAGAUUUGGGAAGAUGUGACCUUUUCUGAGCUAGUGGGGUUUUUUGGGUUUUUUUGUACUGUUAUACUAAAAGCUCCUACUGUGAUGUGAAAUGCAGAAAUAUACUUUAUAGGUAAUUCUAUGCAAGAUUAUAGCCAAAACUAGUGUAGAAAAUAAUAUAAAACUUCAAAAAGCAUUAAAAUAAAAGUUACCAAUAUGUUGAAUCAGUAGUUUAACUGCAAACUUAAUUUCUUAGAACACCAUUUGGGCUAGUUGUUUCUAUGUAAGUGUAAAUACUAGAAAAACUUAUUUAUACUGUUCUUAUCUCAUUUGAUACAUUCACAGAUUUAUAUGAUGAUAUGACAUCUGGCUAAAAACAAAUUGUUGCAAAACUAACCACUAUAUACUUUUUUUAAUAAAUACAUUAUGAACAAAAAAUGGCAUUUUUUAUAUUAAAUUGUUUAACUCUGGCAAAAAAAAAAUUUAAAAAGCUGGUACUAAUAAAGGAAUAUUAUAACUGUUAAAUUAGUUCUUCACGAUUCAUUUUAAUUGAGUUUAUCCACACAGUAUGUUCCACAAGACAUUUAAAUACAUUCAAGACAUUUAGUAGUUUUGCAUUUUCAUUAGUUUUAUUUGAAAAUAUAAAAGCAUUUUAUACUAAACUUACAGCGCCAGUGAUAUAUAUGUACAACAGACAUAUCUUAACCAAGAAAAUGUUAUACCUUGAUAUGAAACCAUUCAUUCAUUUAUUCACAUCAACAGAUGCAUACCUUCUGUGUACUAGGCACUGUUAACAAAGUACAGUGGGCAAAACAGAAAUCGGGGCUUCGAACCGGUUUGUUCCAGUUCAAACCCCUGCUGAGAAUUUGCUUUUCCGCUCCGUAUACUGAACCACAGUCUACAUUUUAACAAGAUCCCCGGGGUGAUUUCUUAUGUAUAAUAAAUUUUGAGAACCACUGCUCUACUAGUGGUUCUCAGAAUUGGUCCCUAACCAGCAGCAACAUUAGCAUCACCUGAGAACAAACCGGGUCAAAUCCCUGACAGAAAUACCUGCCCUCCUGGAACUUACAUUCUAGUCGAGGGGAGAUAGCAAACAUACUACAUACAGUAUGUUACAAGAGACAGGAGGAUUGGGAAGGCCAUUGAAAAAUAUUGCGAUUAGGGUUGUAGAUAGAAAAAUCUUUAUUGAGGUGGCAACAUUUCGAGGUGUGGGAAAAUAAGCCAUUCUGUUAGCCAAGAACACUGCAGACAGCAAACAAGUACAAAAGCUCUAAGGACCGUCUGACAAAGACGAUAAUGCAGCUGAAGGGAAAAUAGAGCCAGAGGGGGCACGGGUGCCAUGGCAGAGAGCCUUGUAAGACUGUUAGCUGCCCUCCAGUUUUCUACUCACAGUGACCCCAUGUGACAGAAGUGCCCCACAGAGCUUCCUAGGCUGCAGGUCCUUUAUGAGGACUUUAUAAGUGGGAAAUAUUAGAGGUGUUAAGCUGGGAUAACAUCUUACCUGGUUCUUAAUAGUUCCCUCUGGCUCGUGUUGAGAAUACUCAAAUGACAAUGCGAACAUGCUAACGGAAACCGAUUGGAAGGCUCUGCCAUAUUCACACGCUGCUCGUUUCACGGUGGUUAGCAUAGAUGGUGAAACGGCACUGGAUUCUGCAUGUGUUCGAAAGUAGAAAGGAUUUUCUGGCAGAAUGGAUGUGAAGUAGAGUGUCACGGAUUUAACCAUCUUGAACUGAAUUGCAGAGAUUGAGAAAAAUGGAUUGAGGUGGUCUAAGUGAGAUGACGUUUACUUUUGAAGUUUGAGCUCUAAAAACAUCUAAAUGCAUCAGUUGCUGCGGAGUCGAUUCUGACUCAUGUUAACCCCACAUAUAUCAGAGUAGAACUCUGCUCUAUUGCAUUUUCUAUAGCUCAUUCUUUGAAGUUAUCACCAGGCCUUUCUUCCAAAGCACCUGAGUGGACCCGAACCUCCCUUUUGGCUAACCACCCAGGG